ACCUGCUGCCUGCUUUAUCAGCCGACACUGAGAAUUCCACGAUGUAUCACAUUGUUGUAGUGGUCUGUUUGGUGGCGACAGCAGCUAGCGGCGCCCAGUACUGCGCCAAUCCAACACCAGGCGUGAACAAACAGCGAAAGGGGGUUGACAUCACAAAACUUGAUCUUCUGCCCCUGGAUUUCAACACCGCUGACGGGUUUCUGAGACCAGUAAUAGACUACACGUGUAAUGAAGGGAAAACAUGGACAAAUCAGAAUCAACAAGUGUUUGACAUGCCUGACCAGGUUUGGGAUAUAUCCAGAAUACCCGGCGGAUGGUUGAACGCCAAUACCCAGAUAUUCAAGAACUAUCACGAAGUAAAGCGUACAAUGUCAUCAAGUGCUGGCUUGGGACUCAACAUAUUUAAAGGAGCCUUCUCGGCUAGCGGUUCGUACUCGCGGUCUCAGCACACCAUUACUAAUUCCUCCAAGUACAUAGAGGAGGUCUCGUCCUACAGUUCGGCUGUUCGGGUCGAUCUUCACAUGCCCUGGGCGCUAAACAUCAGCAGAAAUGCUAAGUCGUUCAUCGACAGACUUCUUAAUUCAGAGUUCAACGCCAAUACGGCGUCAUCGUACUUCCGGUUUAUACGAUUCUUUGGCACACAUCUGUUCCAGUCUGCUAAUUUUGGAGGAAUUAUUAAGCUACACCUGGAGACGUCGUCUGACUAUUACAAAGGCAAGUCUACGAGAGACGUGAAGACUCAGGCAGAGGCAUCGUUCCUGAAGAUCCUGUCCGUUAACGGCGGAUACCAGGGUAGCAACACCCGAGUGGACGAAACAUUCAGACAGAAAACUACAGAAACUAUAAGAUAUUAUGGAGGAGACACAAACCUAUUAGCCGGUAAUGGAAUUCCAACAUGGCAGCCGACAGUUUCAGCAAAUCCGUGGCUCUUCUCAGGGGAGCUAAUUCCCAUCAGCGAAUUCAUCCAGGAUGACGCGAAACGAGCAUCAAUGGAACGGGCAGUGGCUGCCCACGUGAACAAGGCGUAUCUGCGCGAGCUGGUGAGAAUUUUAUUGAGUGCGGGACAGCGGUACAAUCACGGGGGUGCAGACAUCACUGCGUUACUGGGACGAGUGAGGGCAGCACUGGCUCAAGUGAUUCCUCAACAAAGCGUUGUCGAUACUCUUGGUCAGGAAGUGGAUGAGGAUUUCAUUGUGCCCGACUGGUUCACAACGCAGACGCAGCUGUGCUACAGAUGGUACCCGGAUGGCGAUGGCGGGCAGUGUGGUAGAGGGGUUGGCAGAAACCUGUGCGCCAAGCCAGGGGAAAUGACUCAGUAUUACAGGGACGACACAGACCGGAGGGGCGGAGGCUGCAGGAUGAGCUGGGGAAUCAUUCCUCUCACAAACAGUCGGCCAUCUUGGUUCAACGCCGUACAGCUGUGCUAUCGUUGGCAUCCGGAUGGUGAUGGCGGACAGUGCGGGGGUGGUGCAGCACGAGAAAUGUGUGCAGGUGUCGGCAGCUACACGCCGUACUACCGCGACGACAGCGAUAGACGUGGCGGUGGAUGUCAAAUGUCUUGGCGACUCAAGAUCCCCGCCACUGUGCCACUGUGGUUGAAGAACGCCAAGCUGUGUUUCUACUGGUAUCCGGACGGCGACGGCGGGCAGUGUGGCGGUGGCGGCAGCAUCAGCAGACAGCUUUGCGCGACGGCCAACACGUGGACACGCUACUACAGGGACGACACCGACAGACGCGGUGGAGGAUGCAUGAUGAGUUGGGGAAUCCAUCUGGCCUAGAAACUUUGACAGCCACAAGACCAAAAAUAUAUUAUAUGUAAUUUUACUAUUACCAAUGACAAGCAAAAUUAAUGAUCUCAUUGAAAUGCAUUAAGUUAUUAUGUGUGCUAAAGGCAAAUAGAGGGCAUUUUGAAAUGAUGCUGAAAUCAUAUGACUCUGUACCAAACCGACAAAAAACAUGAGAAAAAUUAACACCAAACACAAAACCUACAUUUGAAGGAAAAAGUGUAUAUCCGUUCACGCUUGUAAAUUCCUGUGUAAUAUAUUUGUUACUAUUAAAAUUGAUUUUAAUGAUCGAA